GAUGUCACCGCUGCCGAUACAGCGCACCUCAGCCAAUUUUUUGUCAUUCGCCGGUUCUGCAGUCAUCAUCUCGCUCGUUCUUGGACCUCAGCCAUAUAUAUAUCUCAGUCUUGGGCACAUGUUUUGCUAUCACGUUGAUCUAUAGCCGUUUAGUUCUUUCGCCAUGACAGAUUUGCGCAGAUUAGCUGCCUCCAGGCUUGCCCAUAAGUCAAAGGGAUCAGGCCGUAGUACUCCCAAGAACUCUCGCAUUGAAGACGAUGAGGAGGAUUGGGACGAUAAUCUUUCGAUCUUGUCAGAUAAUAGUGAUUGGAGCGUCGCUUCCGUUGAUACAUUAGACUCGUUCGGCACAGACACCGAAUCGACAUCAAGUCGGAGUCCCAGCAAAUCUCGCCGUAAGGAUCACGAUAUCGGGAUCGAGUGGCGUGAGAAGCUCAACGAGUACAUUGACAGCAUCUCUCUUGAGCGCAAAAACUCCAGCACCUCCAGUCGCGAGGAUGCGCUGGCGAGGAUCUGCAAGAUCAUGUGCAUGAAGUACGCCUGGAGAAUCGCGGAGGGCCGGCAUGCUGAUCUAGAAGAUGGCGUCCUGCGAUCUUUGAAAAAUGGAAGGUCGGAUAAAGAGACUAUUUUGGCUGCUAAAGUUCUUUCGGUCCUCGUCGUCACUGAUCCCGAAAACGCAGUAUGGUACACUGACUCUGCACCCACAUUAAAGGAUUUGAUAUUCAGCGUUGAAGACCUGGCGGUAAAAGCAGUCUGCAUUACUGCUCUAGGAUCAGUCACUUUUUUCUCCUCCGUUGUCGACGAUGAAGAACUCGAACAGACCAUAGAUUUCCUCCUUGAUAUCGUGACUAGCGACGGAAGCUCGAUCCAAGCAGCUGACUCUGAUGUCGUUGUUGCUGCUACGAUCAAUGUUAUCGGGUUUUUAAUAUCAAAAAUGGAUGAUGCAUACGAGCUGGCUCAAAGUGCAAUUCCCGUCAUGGUUGAUCAGCUAGAAUCUAGCGAAGUCUCGAUCCGCAUGGCGGCUGGAAACGUCAUCGCCCUUCUCUAUGAGAGAUUUGCGGAAGACACCGCAAAUUACCACACCUACGACGAGUCCUCUGGAGAAGAAGACUAUGAGUCCAAGGAAGCUCCCGAGGACGAUGCCCGCUCAGAAAGAUCGACAAGUGAUGACGACGCGGACGAGAGCGAAGAAGAAGAACUCGCAUCCUCACAAAACCUGAAGCGGCCACAACCAAAGCGGACGCCGUCUAGUCAACCCUCGCUCUACUACGACGAGGAUCAACUGAUCUACCUGCUCACAAACCUCGCCACGAGCUCCACCAAGCGAAUAGCAAAGUCGUCAAGGAAAGUCCAGCAUUCUGUGUUUCGCGAUAUUCUAGAGACCGUCAAAACCGCCAUCGGAUCGAGCGAAGAGGAGGACGAAGACAAUAUGGGCUACGAAGAUCCCACUUCGUCAGGCUCAAAACCAAACAUCAACCGAACACUGAAAUUCGAAGGACUGACGCUAUCGAUCGAAUCUUGGGCAGCCUACGUCCGCCUGUGUCAUGUCAAACAUAUCCUAUCAAUCGGUCUUCCCGUGCAUUACACCCACAACCGCGUCAUCCGCCUCGCACUCGACCCACAAGGUUCCUCGACCUACGAAAAGAUCUACUUUGAGCGCUCGAAAACCGUGCCGUCCGGGAACGAGGACCUCGAAGGCGAGCAAGAGUUCGACAUUGACCCGUCUGAGAAAUCAAGAGCGCAUCAGUUCAACGCUGCCAACCGGCGCGCAAGAGAUACGAGCAUUAAAAAGGCGCGGGAUAAUAGAGAACGGCAGAGGUUGGAGAGUGAGCUGAAUGAAAUGACGCCGGGGCACUCACUUGAGGGUGAAAUCUAGUAUUCUCACCGGUAGGUUUUUGAUAUGAUUCGAUUUCUGUGUCUUAAUCUAAUACUUGAAUCAUUUGGUCGCAAAGAAUAAGGUCGAGGCCGCAUUAUUGCCACCCUGUAAUUUUGUGUUUGCCUAACAGUCGCAAAAUAUAAACACUAAUCAA